AUGACGAUCGCUGCACUCGCAACCGUUUCCGCGGCGUUCGAGUGUGACGGCCGAGCGCUCCCGGGUGCCUACCUCAAUGACGACUAUUGCGACUGUGCUGAUGGCAGCGACGAGGCAGCGACAGGGGCUUGCGCCGACACAAUUUAUGUGUGCCGGAACCUGCCGCACAAGCCCAAGCAGAUUUUUUCCUCCCGGGUGAACGACGGGGUGUGCGACUGCUGCGACGGCUCCGACGAGGCCAACUCCACCGACUGCCCCAACGGCUGCAUCGCCCUCGCGACGGAAGCGUUUGGCGCCCUCUCGCGCGGAUGCCUUCGGCGCGCUGAGCUAGCCAUCGCUGCAGCCAAGGCGGCGAGCAGCGACGCAGAGCGGCUGUCGGCGGCGCGCGCGCAGCUCGCGACGGCAACGCCAACGAUCGACGCUCUGCACGACGCCAAGGCGGCGGCGGAAGCGGACGAGGCUUCAAAGCGCGACGGGAGGGCUGCCAGGCUUGCAGCGGGGGAGGUGGAUACGUCUCUGGGCGUGGAGCGGCUCGACGCGGGGAUGACGCUGCGCGCGCUCGUGCGAGUCGCGCUGUGGGGGGGCGUCGAGGGCGUGGACCGGAUGUACGAUUUGCUCGUGGAGCGGCCUGGGCUCGAGGAGGCGGCGGAGGAGGUCGCGAUGAAAGCGCGCGACGAGGCGGCGGCGGAGAAGGGGCAGUCGGCGGGCGGCGGCGGCGGCGGCGGAGUCUGCGACGCCGCAGGGGCAUGUGGUCAUGCCCGUGAACAUGAGGCCGCGCUUCUGCAGCUGCUCGAGCCGUUGCCGGAGGACGGCGGCGCCUUGAGAGCCGUACUACGAGUGCUCCACGCGGAGCUUGGCGCCGGCGCGACGUCGGCGCUCGCGCAGGCGGCGCGAGAGCUGCUGGCAGAGACUGAGAGUCCGCUCGACGACGCGGCGGUCGCCGCGGCGCUCGAGCUGCUCGAGCCGUUUCGGCACGACGAGGCGGAGGCGGCGCGGGCAGCGCACAAGGCUGCCGUGGAGGCCGUGCAAGAGGCGAGCGAGGCGGAGCGGCAGCUGGCGCCCAAGGAGGCGAUUGCAGCAUCUGGCGGGUGCGGUGCCGGGCUUGAGUGGCGGCAGCUGCACGGGCGAUGCUUCGAGGCAGAGGACCGGGGGUAUACCUACAAGGCGUGCCCCUUCCAAGAGAUGCGGCAGGGCAGCCCGGGUGGCCGCGCGUCGCGGCAGCAGACACUUCUCGGCAACUUCACGCGCUGGGAGCCAGUCUCUGGCGAGCGGGCGUCGCAGCUGGCGCGGGCGGGCCGCACGCCAAGCGAGCUCGGCACGAUGCGGUUCGAGGGCGGCGCGGCGUGUGGCGGCGGAGCCCUGCGGCGCGCAACUCUGUACUUCGAGUGUGGCGAGCAGGACGCGCUGCUGGAGGUCACCGAGCCCGAGACGUGCGUGUACGAGGCGUGGAUGUCGACGCCGCUGGCUUGCUCGCUGGCCCUGCUGCGCGAGAAGGUUGCCACGCUCGAGGAGGCGUCCGCUGCGGCCAGCCUUGAGUUCCGGCCGAGCGAUGAGCUGCGCGCGCUGCUCGCCGCGCCGGAGUAGGCUUGGGACGAGGGAGCGAGAGGGACGUUUCCGCUCGUCAGCAGUGUGUGCGGCGCUGUUAGUGUGUGUGAUCUCCUGGAUGAGGGAGUCAAAAGGGGCACGGCGUACGGCUUUAGACAUUAGAGCCAAAAGCGAAGGAAGCCU